GAAAGUCAUGGCAGCCAUGGCAGUGUGGGGCUGUUAAACGUGCGGCAUAAUAUUAAGACUUCAUAAAAGCGCAAAUAAUUCGCUGGCAGGCGAUCGAUAAUACACACAUAUAUAUAGUGGGAUACACACACUCUCUGCCGACAAACACACACCACCCGACCCGACUGAGCGGCAUAAUGCCAUAUCAUUCUUGAUGAAGCCGAUAAAAUCCCAUUAUUAAGGGGGCCCGCCCGUCCCGCUCGCUCCUGCGGAGCAGCCGCCUGCGGGCGGGCGAGACAAAAGAUUCGCUCAUCCGCUAUGAAUACCAAAUCGGAGCUCUCUCUCUCCAGGUCGGGAGUGCCAUGGCCAGCACGGCCAGGACCUCCUCAUGGUCCUGCCGAGCAGAGAGCGCGGCUCCAUCCCGCUGCUCCGGCUCCUGCUCCUCCGCUUUGUCCCGCCUCGUUAUCGCCGCUCAGCACCGAGCGCACAGCAGCGCAUCCACUCUCAGCACCGCACGAUUAGCACCGUUCCGCUCAGGCUGUCCCGCUCGCACCUGCCUGGGCCGCUGCGAUUGGCCGCUCCCAGCGACGGCGGCCAUUUGCCUGCAGAGCGCAGCGGUAUAAAAGGGCGCGGGGUGGCUGAGAGCAGCACACUCGAGCUGUGACCGCCGCACAGUCAACAACUGCCUUCGUUACUCUCCUCUGAAUAAGCCAACUUUGAAUCACAAGACGCAUUCCAAACAUGCACGGAUACCGAACCUACAACAUGGAGAGCCACCAUGCCCACCACGACGCCAGUCCCGUGGACCAGAAGCCCCUGGUCGUGGACCUCUUGGCCACCCAGUACGGCAAGCCCCAGACACCGCCUCCCUCGCCAAAUGAAUGCCUAUCCAGUCCGGAUAACUCCUUGAACGGCAGCCGCGGCUCGGAGAUUCCCGCCGACCCGUCGGUACGCCGCUACCGCACCGCCUUCACCCGUGACCAGCUGGGUCGCUUGGAGAAGGAGUUCUACAAGGAGAACUACGUGUCCCGUCCCCGUCGCUGCGAACUGGCCGCCCAGCUGAAUCUCCCGGAGAGCACGAUCAAGGUGUGGUUCCAGAACCGCCGCAUGAAGGACAAGCGCCAGAGGAUCGCCGUCGCCUGGCCCUACGCAGCCGUCUACUCCGACCCCGCCUUCGCCGCCUCCAUCCUCCAGGCCGCCGCCAACAGCGUGGGCAUGCCCUAUCCGCCCUACGCCCCCGCCGCUGCCGCCGCUGCUGCCGCCGCCGCUGCCGUGGCCACCAAUCCCAUGAUGGCCACCGGAAUGCCUCCGAUGGGCAUGCCCCAGAUGCCCACGAUGCAAAUGCCCGGACACUCGGGACAUGCCGGCCAUCCCUCGCCCUACGGACAGUACCGCUACACGCCCUACCACAUCCCCGCCCGCCCGGCGCCGCCACAUCCCGCUGGCCCUCAUAUGCACCAUCCGCACAUGAUGGGAUCCAGCGCCACGGGAUCGUCGUACUCCGCCGGUGCCGCCGGCCUUUUGGGCGCCCUGCCCUCCGCCUCCUGCUACACCGGACUGGGUGUGGGUGUGCCCAAGACCCAGACGCCGCCGCUGGAUCUGCAGUCGUCCUCAUCGCCGCACUCCUCCACGCUGUCGCUCUCGCCAGUGGGAUCCGAUCACGCCAAGGUGUUCGACCGCAGUCCAGUGGCUCACUCAGCUCCAUCAGUUCCUGCUCCCGCUCCGCUGACCACCACCAGCCCGCUGCCCGCUCCCGGCCUCCUGAUGCCCAGUGCCAAGCGGCCCGCCUCCGACAUGUCGCCGCCGCCGACGACAACCGUGAUUGCGGAGCCCAAGCCGAAGCUCUUCAAGCCCUACAAGACUGAGGCGUAAGCCCGCGAUCCACAUCCCCAUCCUGCUCCCCCAAAGAUUGUACAAACUAGUCUUAGUCAGCCCCAUCUAUUUAUUCCCGAAGAUUGUACAGAUUGUAGAGUAGCUAAUUGUAGUCAUAAUUAAGGCGCAAAAUCAAAUUAAGAAAUAAAUGCGAAAAUAACAUUGAAAAUUA